AUGGUCGUCUUCGUUACUGUUUUGUGGUUAUUAUUUUCUUGGGGAAAUGUGGGGAUAUUAAGUUUACAUGCCAAUGAUCCUCGCAGCAUUCCUGUGGCUGUGAGAAACAAGCUGUGCUCGGUGAAGAUGACUGACGAGCGGUCCCACUUGCCUUCGAGCGGCCGCAUGAUCUACUACGUCACACCUACGUACCCUCGGCCUGAACAAGUGCCAGAGUUGACCCGCCUCGCUCACACACUCAUGCACGUCCCUCGCCUGCAUUGGAUCGUAGCCGAUGAUCAGCCUGUCUGCUCUGAACUGGUCGAAGAUAUACUUAAACGCACCGGACUGCCGUUCACUCACAUAUCGAGUCCCAAGCCGUUCAUCUACAAGAGCAGCAACUUCCCCCGCGGGGUGUCCAACCGGCGGGCUGCCCUCGACUGGCUCCACGAGAACGUGUCUGAAGGGGUGCUGUACUUCGGAGACGACGACAACACGGUGGACCUGAGACUGUUCGAUGAGAUCAGGAGCACGGAGAAAGUGUCCAUGUUCCCUGUGGGGCUCAUUGGGGACUACGGUGUGUCCUCGCCUGUUGUCAAGGACGGAAAGGUGGUGGGUUUCUACGACUCCUGGCCGGGCGCGCGGUCCUUCCCCGUCGACAUGGCGGGCUUCGCGGUCAACAUGGCGAUGCUGCGUGAGGGAGCCACCAUGCCCUUCGUGGCCGGCCACGAGGAGGACGGCUUCCUCCGCAGCUUGUCCGUGGAGCUAACAGACAUACAACCUCUCGCUGAGAACUGCACCAAGAUACUGGUCUGGCACACUAAGACCGUCAAACACAAGAAACCCACCGUCAGGGUGGACCUCGACAAGCUCAAGAACUCCGGACGGUACCACAACCUCGCGAGCCUACUGAGAGAGACCUCCUACAUGGGCAUGGCCGAGGUCAGCGCUGACUCCGGGAUCAAAUCGUUCAUAACCAGCAACAGGAAGACCUUCCAAGCCCUCACAGAUUUGUGA